AAGAGCUCCAUUUUGUGCCGGCUCUCCUGGAAGUGGCAGGAUAUCGAUCCGUGUCCUCUGCGCCGUUGAAACGAAAGAAGUUGAGACGCGCAAAGAAGAAGGGAAAAAGUGCCUCUUCCUACGUAGCCUUUUAAAAAAAAAAACAUUCACGAGAGACAGGGAAGAAGAAAGGGGGAGCUGUGGCGAAGCCAGCAGGAGAUAGAAGACGAGAGCGGCCACGGAUCCCUCCCCGCUCGUUCGGGCGCAGUAGCUGCUCGACGGCAGGCGGCGGCGCUGGAGAGGACUAGAGCGAGGAUUUGCAACCGCCGCCGCCGCCGCCGCCGCGGCGCGAGGAGGAGGAGGAGGAUGAAGCAAGGAGGAGCUGGAGCCGCCACCAGCUAUGGAGCGGCGGCCGUGGCUACCGGAGCCGCCCCGGAGCCGCCCAGCUCUGAGGUGGCGGCGGCGGCGGCGGAGAAAGUUGUCCACUCCCGUUCGCAGGUCCUGUUCUGCGACGGCACCAAGGCUUUGGGCGACGCCUUCAAGCUGCUGGUGCCCAAGUCGACGGAGUUCAUGAGCUCCGACGCCGAGCUGUGGAACUUCCUGUGCAGCCUCAAGCACGAGUUCUCGCCGGUCAUCCUCCGCAGCAAGGACGUCUACGGAUACGCCUCCUGCCGGGCCGUGGUGCCGGACUUGCCCGGGGGCUUUGCGGCGAAGGCGGCGGCGGCGGGCCGAAGGGACCGGCCGUGGAGGAGAGCCGCGGCCAGGGGGAGGCGCCUGCGAGCCGCCGUCGCUGGAGGCGACACGAAGAGCAGAGGAGGCGGCGCGAAGAGGGCGGCCAAGAAGCGCUGCGGCGAAGGGGAGGCUUCGGCCCCCCGGACGACGGCGGCGGCGGCGGCGGCCACGACGCCCCCCUCGGCGCCCACGACGCCACCUGAAGCUGCCGCCUCCAGUUGUGAGGGGCGGGAGGAGGAGGAGGAGGACCAGCAGCGGACGUCCCCUGUCCCGGUGGCUUUGCCCUUCCCUCCGUGGACUCCCUUUCAGAGCAGGUCCCUCGAGGAGAUCUGGAAGGCGGCCACCCCCAGCCUCACCACCUUCCCCACCAUCAAGGUGCGCGGGAACGUGUGGAAGCGACGCAGCUUGGAAGCCAUCCGGCGCAGGGCGGAGCGCAUCUUGCGGGUGAACCUGGCGCCCUUGGUGAGACUCCGCCGCCUCCCCUUGGUCGGCUGCUGAGGAACAUGACCCGCCGAGGAACCACGAGGACUCUUGUCUCCCCCUGCUCGUCAGCCCCCAUGGAUUAAAGGGGGGGGAGAACAAGGACUUUGAAUGUGUGCCCCCCCCCCCCAAUGUAGCUAACAAACGAAGGGAGGCGAAUGUCAGUCACCUGUUUACAAUUGCUUUGGUCUGGAUUGUGUCCUCUUUUUAUUCAAUUAACUGCACUUUAGGGCGAAGACUGAGGGCCGUCGCCCCUUUCCUACCCCUCCACUCUUUUUACAUCUAGCUUGGGAGCCUGCCCCCUGCUGGCCAUCGACCUGCUUCAUAGACAAGGAUGUGACUUACAGAAAAAGGUUCUUCUGCUUACUCUCAUCAACUUUGGUUGAGGAAGCAACUUGGCAUGGAGAGGAGAUGCAAUCUUGUCUCUCCUUCUUUUGGCCUCACUACUUUCUUUCCGUUGGGCUACCUCACUAGCCUGGGAAAGAGAUCAUUUGCUUUCGCUUCUUCCAAAGGAAGCUUCUUUCCAACUAGCACAAUGAAAUGCCAACUGGUUCCUCUCUCUCAUUAAGAUGUAGCCGGUGGACUCUCUAUGUAUGACUUUUGUGCUAUUGCACUAUAUGCUCAGGGUUACUUGAAUAUACCAAGUGUUUCCACUUUUGGAUGACUGACUGUCAAGCUUUGACCAAGGAUGCUCAAAGGAAUGAAGACUUAACAGCUCAUGGCUGAUUUGAUGGUGCAAAAUGCUUCACUCCUUGUUCUUUAAUUAUUAUUAUUAUUUUGUAAAUGAAUUGGACUUGGUGAUUUACGAAGCUUUUGAUAUAAUGGUCAAAUGUUUUUGUAUGUAAUAAAGUUUUAUAGCUGAAAUGAAUUAGUAUUUCUGUUACAGCUUCUAAAGAUGAGAGUUGUAUUGGAUACAUCAAUUUUAUAUAACCUUUACUUUAGAGAAGCUCUUAUAAGUAAAAAUUAAUAAAA